AUGGCGGAUCCGCAGGAAGACGUGCCUGCGUCUAGUGCGGACAUUAGCGCUAACAACUUGAUAAUUUCAUCGCCAUUCAUAUUGCCAGGAGAAUGCAAUCAAUACCCAAUGAAUAUGGCGGUGGAUUUCACUCGAUUGCAGUUGAAUGCAUUGCGCAAGUAUAUGACGUUUCACGACCUUCCAGAAGUUCCAGGGAGUUCAAGAGAGCAAUUGGCAAUACUAGUUGCCAGACACUUUAACGUCGAGUGCAAAAAGACAGACGAAAGUUCCAGCAUCACGUCAUUCAUGACUUUCCUUACAGGGUCAAGUAAUACUGUUGAAGCUGCAGAGAUUCUUCGAUCUCGGCCUAUGUAUCGGUUGGAUUGCAAAAACCAGAAUUAUGAUGACGACGACAAUGAGAAUCAAAGCCGGCAAAGAACAAACCACAUUGUUCUAGGUGUCGAGGCUGAAUGGGCUGAGAUAGAGGCUGACGAUCUGUACGACCAUGAACAAGUGGAUGGAGCUGAGCUUGAUAGCGUGAUGCGUCCGUUGGUGGUCAAGAAACGGCGUGCAGUGAACCAAAAGAAUAAAAAAUGUAAAACACGUGGUCAAGAAAAACCUGAUAAUAACGACGCUGGUGUAAUACAAACGAAGAAGCGAAAAGGACGGCUGUAUUGCAUUUGCAAGGGUAGUAGCUAUGGGAACAUGAUUGCGUGCGACAAUAAAAAAUGUCUUGACCGGUCUAACUGGUACCAUAUGAGUUGUGUGGGUCUGAAUCCGCUUGACGAACCACCCGAGACAUGGUACUGUCCACCUUGUCAAGAAAACACUUUGGCAGACAUCCCGGAAAAUCAAUACCGGAAACCGGUGGCGAGCGUCACGUACGGAGAUAUGAUCGCGCAUGCACUAACCAUUUUGCCCGACGGCAAAGGUUCCUUCAAGGAUAUCUGCGACUUUGUCGAGAUCGAGUACGAGAGUCAACUCAACUGGAAGUUAGAGAGUGAUCAGCGUAAAUCUCCCGUAUGGAAAUCCUCGGUGCGCAAGAUUCUCUUUUCCAACGUCCGGUUUCAAAAGCAUCCCGAAGGCAAAGGCAUGUUUUGCUUAGCCGCGUGA